AUGCUGGCCCGGAGCUCUCAGCGCACUGCCCAGACGCUUCUGCGCGGCGCCUCGCCCGCCACCCGCUCCUUCGCGACCGUGCAGAGCGACAUCUUCAAGCCCACCAAGUUUGGCGGCAAGUACACCGUCACCUUGAUCCCCGGUGAUGGUGUCGGCGCCGAAGUCUCGGAGAGCGUCAAGCAGAUCUUCAAGGCCGACAAUGUCCCCAUUGAGUGGGAGCAGGUCGAUGUGUCCGGCGUCGACUCGGGCAGCAAGCACAGCGAGGACCUCUUCCGCGAGUCCAUCGCCUCGCUGAAGCGCAACAAGCUUGGCCUCAAGGGUAUCCUGCACACUCCCGUCGAGCGCUCCGGCCACCAGUCUUUCAACGUCGCUCUCCGCCAGGAGCUCGACAUCUACGCCUCCAUUGUCCUGAUCAAGAACAUCCCCGGCUACGAGACGCGCCACAAGAACGUCGACCUGUGCAUCAUUCGUGAGAACACCGAGGGCGAGUACUCCGGCCUCGAGCACCAGUCCGUCCCCGGCGUCGUCGAGUCGCUCAAGAUCAUCACCCGCGCCAAGUCCGAGCGCAUUGCCAAGUUUGCCUUUGCCUUUGCCCUCGCCAACAACCGCAAGAAGGUCACCGUCAUCCACAAGGCCAACAUCAUGAAGCUGGCCGACGGUCUCUUCCGGAACACCUUCAAGAAGGUCGCCGAGGACUACCCCACUCUCGAGACCAACGACAUGAUUGUCGACAACGCCUCCAUGCAGUGCGUCUCGCGCCCUCAGCAGUUCGAUGUCAUGGUUAUGCCCAACCUGUACGGUGGCAUCCUGUCCAACAUUGGUGCUGGCCUGGUCGGCGGUCCCGGCAUCGUCCCUGGCUGCAACAUGGGCCGUGACGUCGCCGUCUUCGAGCCUGGCUGCCGUCACGUCGGUCUCGACAUCAAGGGCAAGGACCAGGCCAACCCCACUGCCAUGAUCCUGUCCGGUUCCAUGCUCCUCAGGCACCUGGGCCUCGAUGACCACGCCAACCGCAUCUCCAAGGCCGUCUACGACGUCAUCGCCGAGGGCAAGACCAGGACCCGCGACAUGGGCGGCAGCGCCUCGACCCACGAGUACACCAAGGCCAUCCUGACCAAGAUGGAGGAGCAGAUCUAA